AAACGAUGCUGGCAAAUGCUCAGUUAAAAUACCUCCCUUGGAGUGUGCCUGACUUUGAAUGCUUUCAGGUUUCCACCUUACUUCCGGACAUGACCCGUAAUUAGUCUGCUUAAUUGUACUAGAUGCCGGAUGCUCUGUACAACAGGCGGUUGUCCUGACCAUGGAUGAGAUAACUCUGGACAGAGCAAUUCUGCUACUAUCUUCUGAGAAGCUGAAGGAACGCACUGAUGCUUUAGCAGGUCUGACAGUCUUUUCCGAACGAUCUUUGAAGCUCAAGGUUUCGCUAAUCUUUCACCAGAUUUGAAGCACAUCUUGCAGAAAAAUAAGCGGAGUUCCAAACUAACUACCUUGAACGAUAGAGCUUGCCAUAAAAUCUUUGAAUCGCUAUUCCGAUUCAUUUACGUUGAACGGUCUGCGUUCAACAGGGCUAGUAAAACGACACCCUCCAAGACACCAUCUGCGUCCCGCCUGUCAGCAUGUGCCUCUGUUCUUCGAACGGCCGUCGAUAUCUUCCUGCGCAACUUGCGGACCAAGUCGGUUAGAGCCAUAGUCGACCACAUAACAGAAACAUUAUCGGAUCCAGGAGAAGGGCUAUGGGAGCUUCUAUGUGUCGAUUAUAUGAAAUGCUUGGCAGCACUCCUACAUUACCCGCCGCAUGUUGAACAUCUCGGAGUGGUAGAAUGGGAACGACUCAUGGGCUUUUGUCUGCGAAGCAUCGACUCACACAAGAAUAGGGACAGCCAGCUAACCCUUCGAAACAACCACCGCUCUUCUCCAGAUGCUGUGAAUGUCAGCGAUGUCCGCUCAACUCCAUCACAGGUUACGCCAAUUCUGGCUACCCGAGAGAGGCACAUAGGUAGCGGCGACGUCGAAGAAGUUGUAACAUGUAUUCAGCUGUUGACAAGAAGCCCUACUGCCCCUAUUCAAGCCAUGGCUGGAAAGAUACUUCACGGGCUUGCAAAAUACGCGAAGUCUUCCAUUUCUGGAAGUGCAAGACAGCUUGCAUUUAGUAGCAUAAAUACUGUUGCCACGAGAGUGUUGUUUGACCAGUCUGAACUCGUCCGGACCUUGAUGUUGGAGUUGAUUCCUGUAGUUCGGCGCUUAUGGACCACCAAGUUCAGCGGUCUCAAAGAUGAACUAUUGGUCACCAUCAUGCUUUGCAUGAUUAUCUUGACUGACACAGUUCGAACAAAGCCAUCAGAAUCGUUGUCGCAUUUGAUUGACGGGUUGCAGGAUACUCUUUAUUCUGAAUACGUUAAGAGAUCUGAUAAGGAAAUACUCCAGCUUGACGACUUGUCUUUCCCUCCCAGCGCUCCUGUAUCCAUGGAGAGCUCAAUAUUUGGACCUCGUCUUGGAAAUACACGGUCAGAGCAUAACUGGACCCUUGUCUGGGCCAUAGCAACUCUAAUUAAAUUAUCAGAAGAGCUUGCUGCGCGAUUAUCGGAACCCGAGGGUCUUGAUGAGAUUUCUCGCAAAAAGCAACGUUUUACAUCUAAAGUUGAGGACGUUUUGCGUGACUCUUUUUCGUCUUCGGGGACUAAAAGAGUCUGUUCGUUGCAGCUAAUUCCAUUUCUCAUCAAUGGACUAAAAGACAUUGAAGCAAAGACAUCGCUCCUUGAACGGCUGAUUCCCAACAUACUGGAUGAUAAUGACACAAUGUCUUCGUGGUCUAUGGUGGCAAUUUCAAGCUUCAUCUGCGACUCUGCUGUCAAACAGCCUUUUCUAAGGGAGCAUUGGAAACGAGUUUGGGACCUUACAUCUCGCGUUUCCACCUCUCAGCAUACGUCUAGAGCAGCCUGUUAUCUUAUGGAUACUAUUCUGAGAUUCAAUCUUUUGGAAUACUCCAUAGUUGCUGAAACAACGCGCUCAAUGCUACUAUCUGUUAAUAUAAACGGCCCGUCAUCAAUGUCGGAUUCGUCUUUGGCUCUCUGGGCGACGGUAAUACGGAUAAGCACGCAAAUGAAUCCAGGUACCGCAUUGAAUGCUUCAAAACAAGUUUGCGGGUGGCUGCGCGAACUUUGGACAGUCGGGACUACAACAGAUAAACUUCAAGUUGCACAGGUCGCUGCUUUUGCGCGUCCUCUGGACCUUUUAAAUCUACUUCUCGCCUGUACUAAUCGAACAUUUGAGCUUUCUACGGCUCAGUUUACAGGGCCAGCUAGCUCUAUUGCCAAAACUUGGUAUUUUCACCAGAAGAAUCGAAGGCUGUUAGAGUACCUUUUCCAUCUUAGCGAUCUGUUCGAUUGUCCAAAUCCCUGGGAUACAUGGAAGACAUUUUCAUUAGAGCCCUUUACUAGACAAGACCCAAACGACAUUCUCGUCCUGGAUUUGUUACGAAUAAAAUCUGAAAUUUUCUUGCAAGCUUGGCAGUCGUUAUUUCGGGACAAAUCUCAUCAUGUUACAGUGGAUAUUGUGCAGAUCCUUGGUUCAUUCUGCAUAGUAGUUGCUCUGUAUGCAGGAUGCCUACCACGGCAGCUCGGUUCCCGAUUACAGGAUUUACGGCGCAGUAGUCAGCAUUUGUGGAAUGGAAUAUGCUCUUUUCUCGCGGUUCGAGAAAUCGACUUCACUUAUGCUUGCCUUGAGCUUUUAUACAAGGUUGUUCCUCCAAGCAUACUGUUCUCCAGUGAUUUACACCCCCUAUAUUCGACUUGUCUCAAUGAUAUUGUUCGUCCUUUUGUCGAAGUCCUCGAGCAGCAUCGAAGGACAGAGAAAGAAUGCGUCAGUUCGGACACAGGAGAGCUUAUGGAUCUAGACGAUCCAUUACUAUCACCCGAUGAGCUCUCGGCUUGCCAGCAAUCUAUUAUUACUCUAAAUCGGGAAGCAUUGCCAUUGCUUCCGAAUUUAGCUACUCUCCAGCGGUCCAUGACUAUCGAGCUAUCAGUAUUCAGUAUUCUAACCGAUGCGAGCACCUCUCAACAACUUAGCCAUACGUCAUUGAUUGAAUACUUAACAGAAUUGGAUUAUGCGGACAUUUUGUCUUCUCAGUCCUUUUUCCCAUACGUGUGUCGCGCAUGUUCAACUAUGGGGAGAGACUGUUUGCUGCAGAUCCUCGAGAACCUCGCCGAGAAAUGUUUACAAUCCUAUGAACUGGAACGUUGCGAAAGCUCGCUUUGUCUUUGCAUCCGGAUGAUGUCUAGCUUCAUUGAUUCUUGGAGUAAUGGAGAAAGCGAUGAUUUAAGCGACGCUGCAUCGGACAUAUACACAUGGUUCAUCGAUGUGUUAUUGGAAAAGAAGAAGGCCACAUCUGGGGUGUAUAUCGCUCUCGCGGAGUUCUUGGAAUGUGUUCUCAUGUCCAAUGCCUCCUCUUCAGGCAACAACCCCAAUCUGUCCCCUCGUACGAGUCUUUUUACUAUUGUUCAGGAUGGAGAUAUUCCUGUUAAGUUUAGCGCCGCAAGCCUGAUUCCCCGUAUAUUUGGACAUUUCCUCCUGAAAGAUCAUGAUGCAGUGUUUGACGACUUCUUGGGCAGCCUACCCCGUGAUCCUGACUGGGGCGAAGGUAUCGCUCUGCGCCUCUUCGCGUUAUCUCAAUUGGCAUCUCAAUGGCACACUUUGCUUCGAAGAAGCAUUUACCAUAUGUUCGAAACGCCCGCCCAAGUGCCAAGUUCUGUCCAAUACGCUGAAAAGUGUUUGAGGACUGUUGCUGAGAGUCUCGGACUAGUCGAUGCGAAAGAAUUGUUUCGACUGUUCUCUUCUCAGAUCCUCUACACCUGGACUGAAAGUCAUUCAAUAAACGAAAUCCCCUUCAGCGUCUUCGGAUAUACCAGCCUGAGAGGAUUGUUACUUGACGUGCAAGAUGAAGCAGUUGGGCAGAUCAUGAUGCGCUCCAGAGAUUCGGAAUCCAUUCAACUUGAGAACUGCAUGAAUGCGCCUUUCAAUGAACUUCUUACAACAUCAUUUUAUAAAGCGGCGGCGUACGGCAUAGCCCGAGAUAUCAGCAUUCCACCCGAACAGGGAAGUCACCGGAAGAGCGUAGAGAGCAGACUUAGAAAACUGCUAGGUGCUGAUCAAUUCAUGGUUCGAAUCGAGGAACAUUUCCCGUUGAUUAUUGCGACGCUUUUCCGGUCUCUUGAUCAAUAUGAGCAAAUUGAAAGGGCAUUUUCAAAGCGUGCAAAUUUCCGUUACGCUCUCGCCAUCAUGGAAUGGAUUACCGGAAAGAGUGCAUCGAAGACUGCUCUUCCUGCGAACCAGCAGCCAUCUUUUCGAGCGCGCUACCUCAUAGAUGAGCUUGAGUUUCUUUGUAAGCGCACUGGAUAUGAAUUAGAGACUAUUUGGACACCUACUUUGGCAUCCUUCGUCUGUCGAGCUCUAUUUGAGUCAAUCCAUCCAGCACUCGGUUCUCUGCACGCAUGCUCCGUCAUCCGCAAGAUUAGGAUUUUGGUAUGCGUUGCUGGUCCUGUGAUGCUUCGGGACUACCCAUUUGAGAUGAUUCUCCAUGCUCUUCGGCCAUUUCUCACUGACCUUCAUUGCUCUGAGGACGCGCUGGGGAUUUUUUGGUACUUGCUGGAAGCAGGGGCUCCAUAUUUAAGAGAGAACCCGCGAUUUAUGGCAGGAAUAGCAGUCUCUACUUUUGUAUCUCUCAAGAAAUUCUUCGCAUCGUCCCCGGAAAAAACCACACAGCAAGCUCAGUUUAAGGUGGCAUUAGAAAACGCCCUGGAAUUUCACAGGUGGUUUGGUGAGUAUCUCGAAAAUUACAAGCCACAAGUUGUGAAUCUACUACAUCCUGGGAACAGAGAGGGAAUAGACGAGUCUUUUAGACGUUUGGUUCAAUUAUCACGGAAGGUCUCUGCUGCAGGAAACGCCACAAAAGGCACGAAUGAAAGCGGUCUGUUGCUAGAGAUACUACGAGAUCGAGAUUCUGAACACGGUUUGUUAAGCCGGCCGAUAUCUGAUCUUGUUCUCUCACUUCUCUGUGCUGAUUUUAAAAGACCGUCCGAUUACCACAAGGAUGUUAUACAGGAAGAUAAGGAUGCCAUCGACAACAGUGUGGCCGUUUGGGAAACUCUUCAGAAUCUCAACGUUGGGACGGAAUAUCGGCUAUGGGCUGCCAGGGUCAUUGGAAGAGCUUUUGCUGCCACUGGAAAGAUCAACAAUGCUCUUUUAAGAGAACAAGACCCUUCGGCGUUUGAAGUCCAAAAUUACAAAUUGAUCCCUGGUAUUGUAUACAGAUCCAAAGCCCAUAUACUCCAGGUUCUUUGCGAUAUGCUACAGAAUAAUAGUCCUCUAGACGUCGGCCUUGUCGAGCGGACGCUACAACUCGUUGUCAAUAAUUUCGAAGGCUCGCAGGAUAUUGAAGAUUAUCCUCGCAUUAUACCAGAAACUGUUAUGAAGGCUCUGAUAUGGAAUCCGUACCCCUGCCCAGCCGUAUCUCUUUCGGAUUCUGAAACGCGAAGAGGCAUGGAGACAGCGGAUUGGAGCCCUAAGCUCCCCUUUGCCGACUGGGCUCGCAAUAUCGCACUACUUCUAUGCAAGGCAGCUGCUAGCAAUCCAGUUGUCGGACCACUAAGCAAAAUUCUCAAUGUUGUUCAUGGCUUGGCAGUGAGGCUGCUGCCAUAUAUCCUCCAUGAUGUCUUGCUGGCCGAGUUUGAGGAAGGAGGGGACAUUCGUCAUAAAAUCUCCCAUAUAUUCAAAAAAGUCUUGCGCGAAAUUGACGAACAGACUAUUCCUCAUGCACGGCUAGUAAUUAGCUGUAUUCUGUAUCUUCGGACUCAGCCGCGGCCUGAAGAGUCGACAAUAGCUGAACGUGAUGAAUGGCUCGAACUUGACUAUGAGGAGGCAUCUUUUGCGGCAAACAAAUGUUGCAUGAACAAGACCUGUUUGCUUUUCCUGGAAAUACAUGCGUCUCGAAUGUCUCCUGGAUCUCGUCGAUCCUCUCUUGCAAAAUAUAAUCCUCCCUCUGACUUCUUGCACGAUGUCUUCAAAAAGAUAGACGAUCCAGAUUUCUUUUACGGCAUCCAAGAAAGGCCGUCGCUGGCUUCUGUGAUGGAAAGAUUAGAUUACGAGAGCGAAGGAAUCAAGAACCUUCUCUUCCAUAGUGCCCAGUAUGAUAGCGAAAUGCAGAUGUCGGGAAAUCCAAAUCCUUAUGGGGUUUUGAAAGCACUGAACUCGACGAACCUCCAAGGAAUCGCCAGUGCCAUGUUCUCUGUUCCCAGUGAUGCCAAAGAUGGACCAGCCUCUCUUGACAGCAUGCUACAGGCAGCGACGAGUCUUCAACAAUGGGAUAUCUCUGUCUCUCCAGUGAACCAGUCGCCGCCUGCCAUAGUUUUCAAGGUCUUCCAAAACCUUAACACAUUAGGAACUAUGACAGAGGUUCUUGGCUCUAUGGAUGAAUAUCUUCUGGCAACACUGGACUUACUGGCUAACGCUAGCCGAUCAGCAAACUCCGUGAGGGCCGUGAUGAGGGCACUGGGUACCAUGACGGAGAUCGGUGAUGUCUUAAGCUCUACAUCGACCGAGCAGAUUGAAGAAGAGUGGCAGAAGAUCAUGACACGCGGAGUUCUGAUGCGAACUGAAAGUUUUUCCGACGCUGGCAAGGCUCUAAACGCUCGUGAGGCUUUGUUUUCUUCUAUAAAGUGUAGGAAACAUCUAAGAUCGGCUAUCAACUUAAGUGAUCGCGAUGCACAGUUGCUAGAAAUCAAAGCUAUCCGGCAGUCUUUGGAAGUUGCUAGGGAUCAUGAAGUCUCUCAGGCAUCUCUGAAAUCAGCAAUUUGUCUUUCGAACCUCACAAAACCGUGCGCCUCGCUUGGGAUCAAUAUUGAUGCCGCAGCGAUGUUUGACUUGGCCAAUGUUCUGUGGGACCAGGGAGAGAUGGCAGCGUCAAUCCGAAUGCUUCAGCAACUGAAGGGUCAAAAUGAUCUCAGUAAACAGGCGAUUCCCAUCAGUCGAGCAGAGCUCCUUGUUACCUUGGGCCACCAUGUUGCCGAAGCACGUUUAGAGAAGCCUGAGGCUAUUAUCCAAGAGUAUUUGUCUCCUGCAGUCAAGGAACUGAAGGGGCGAUCUGAAGGGGAAGAUGCCAGUAGAGUUUUUCACGGUUUUGCGAUGUUCUGUGACCAGCAGCUUCAAAACCAAGAUGGACUGGAGGAUUUCAGACGAGUCGAACAACUUCGGAAUCGCAAAGAACAGGAGUUACUCGCUCUUGAGGAGAUGUUAAGAACCGCCGAAGGAAAAGAGAUGGAUUCUCUCAGGCUUUACAGAGCUAAGGCGAAGCAAUGGUUCGACCUUGACGAUCGUGAAUAUCAACGCUUACGGCGAAGUCGAGAGGCCUUCUUAGAGCAGUGCCUGGAAAAUUACCUGCUCUCAUUGAAAGCGAGUGACAACUACAAUAGUGAUGCUCUUCGAUUCUGCGCUCUCUGGCUUGAUAACUCGAGCAGCCCUACUGCCAACACUGCUGUCUCGAAAUAUCUUAAUCAGGUUCCAAGUCGAAAAUUUGCUCCAUUGAUGAACCAGCUAUCCUCUCGAUUACUUGACGUCAAGGACGCUUUCCAAUCGCUGCUUUUUCCUCUACUCUUCCGGAUUUGUGUCGACCAUCCUUUUCAUGGAAUGUACCAAAUGUUUGCCAGCAGUAAAUCCAAGGGUGGAAAAGACGACUCAGCAUUGUCUCGGUUUCGAGCUGCCGUCAAACUUACCGAACGCCUGAAAAAUGACAAGCGCCAGGGGGAAACUUGGGUUGCAGUCCAUAAUGCGAACAUCUCCUACGUGCGGUUUGCAAUUGAUCGACCGGGCGAGAGGCUAAAGAGCGGAGCUAAGGUAUUACUGAGAGACUUGCCAACUGGUCUGCGUAUGGAGCAAGAUGCAUCAGUGAGGAAGAUACCACCACCGACAAUGAAAAUUGAGCUUCGUGAUGACUGCGAUUAUAGCAAUGUCCCAAGACUCUCCAGGUUUCGUUCGGAGUUUAGAAUUGCUUCUGGUGUUAGUGCACCUAAGAUUGUCACCGCUAUUGGAACAGAUGGUGUACAGUAUAAGCAAUUGUUCAAGGGAGGGAACGAUGAUCUGAGACAAGACGCCAUAAUGGAACAAGUGUUCGAACAAGUAAGCAGUCUUCUUAAGGACCACCGAGCUACUCGGCAGCGGAAUCUGGGAAUCCGAACGUACAAGGUCCUUCCCCUGACAUCGAAUGCGGGAAUCAUUGAAUUCGUCCCCAAUACCAUCCCAUUGCAUGACUACUUGUUACCAGCCCACCAGCGAUAUUACCCGAAGGACAUGAAGCCCAGUACGUGCCGAAAACAUAUAGGCGACGUCCAGACACGAUCACUUGAACAACGCAUCAAGACGUUCCGGCAGGUGACGGAGCACUUCCAUCCGGUUAUGAGAUAUUUCUUUAUGGAGAAGUUCAGCAGCCCGGAUGACUGGUUUAACAAACGGCUUGCCUAUACACGGAGUACGGCUGCCAUCUCAAUCCUCGGGCACGUUCUAGGCCUUGGAGAUAGACAUGGACACAAUAUUCUUUUAGACGAGAGAACUGGCGAGGUGGUCCACAUUGAUCUCGGCGUUGCAUUUGAACAGGGUCGAGUUUUGCCCGUUCCAGAAGUAGUUCCAUUCCGUCUCACGCGCGACCUUGUUGACGGAAUGGGGAUUACCAAGACAGAAGGCGUUUUCAGACGUUGCUGCGAGUUUACCCUGGAAGCGCUACGGCAGGAAUCGUACAGCAUCAUGACCAUUCUCGAUGUGCUUCGGUACGACCCGCUGUACAGCUGGACUCUGUCUCCUCUGCGCAUGAAGAAGAUGCAGGACAACCAAACAGCGGAUGGAGAGCCGCCUCUUCUUCCCGGCGCGGAUAACAAGAAGGGUUCGGCGGAUGAGCCGAGCGAAACGGAUCGAGCUUUGACUGUCGUUGCGAAGAAAUUGAGCAAGACGUUGAGUGUAACGGCCACUGUCAACGAAUUGAUUCAGCAAGCAACUGAUGAAAGAAACCUUGCUGUUCUCUAUUGCGGUUGGGCCGCUUAUGCGUGAACUGUAUAUGAAAUCUCCGAUGCUAACUGGCCUCCGAAGAAAUUUUUGGAUAGAACAUGUUGUACAUAUCGGUCGGUGUCUUGUUUGCAAUGGAUACCUUUUGCCUUUCUCUCUUUAAGAGCCCAGUUCUCUUGCGACAUGUAACAAAUGCCGAAAAAUCCCACCAGAAUAUUGUCCUUUAACCCUGCCUCCACAAGCUAGCAUACAAUUCAAUUCAAUAUAGUAAAUAAGACUCUCUCUUCUUCUUAAACUCACGCAAGUCACUCUCCCACGCCCCCCGAAUCUGAUCCGGGGACCAACCAGCCUCAAUACCCUCCCUCACCAAGGUACCACCCGUCAACGUAUCCACAUCAUAUUGACUGGAAUCACCCGAAUUGAAA